CUCCUUUUACGUCUUCUGAUGAAAUUUGAAGAGUGGCAGCUGCUGUAGCCUCUGCGUUUCUAGGGCUUUGUAGAUGAUCGCAGCGGAAACGUGGCUGUUGUGUAUGUUGGGUUGUUAUCUUUGUUGACGACGCAUGGCCGAAUUUCUGUGGCAUCUUGUGGGUUAUUCUGGGAGCGGGCCAUUGGGACUAUGCCUCUCCUGAUGAGCUUAAGCGGCAUGGACACGAACUUUGAUUCACUGAGAGAUUGGUUAAGUUGAGGGAGGAUAUAAGGUGAUAUUUUCGAGCGCUGGGGUUGAAAUGUAGCUGAUAUGGGCACAAGCGUAUGGCACACACAGAUACAUAACGGUGGCAUUGAACUGUAUGAGUGGGAUUCUGGUUUUGAAGAAUGGAUACUGAGGCAGUUUCCCACGCCAUAGAAGUCACAUGGGAUUGUAGCCGAUUCUAUCGGUUUCUGGAAGUAAUACAGCAUUCCAACAAUGGUGGCCCUGAUACCAUGUAGAUCUUGAGGGACACAGUCUGUAAGAUUAUUCACUCCGUUCGAUUCUACAAGCUUCAGGUCUUCGAUUUCUGUUUCUUUAAAAUUUUGCAGCAUGGAACUGCCGGGGCCUGCGUUGCUCCGUUAUCCCUCCACGAGAUUGAUUGGAUUUUAGGUGAUGUUCGCCAUUGAUGCUCUUCCUCGUUGCCCAGAUCUCUAGUCGGAUCUCGAUGCUUACUGUCAAAUUCUUUUAGAGAGAACUAUGCGUCACAUGUGUGAUCCCCAUGACGUGCGAGGAUGGGAUGCAUCAUUCGACAGACAGUACCACAGCAGCACUCGGCGUAAACAAUGUGGAUCUGUAUGGACAUAGGAUAAGAAGCUGUGUCAAUGCAGCCCAUAGAAAAGACAGCAACAGGAUCCACAGUAAAAAUCGAUUUCAUUGUUAUUCACCAAGGAUUGAGGAGGAAUGCUGGAGGAGCUAAAGGAGAUAGAGGAUUUUCUGCCUGAUGUAACCAAGACCCCCGUCGGGAAAUACGUCGAUUCAAGUCAAUCUUACUCAACUGAAAUGGCAAGCUCCAACAGCGCUAAUAGCAGCUUGCGACGAUCUCUGUCACGAAAUCUGACUCCUUCAAGCGAGUCUUCAAGAAAAUCGUCGCGGAAGUCUUUUGACAAAUCGUCUUCAAGGUCUUCGGGUAGCGAGGAUGACCACGCGCCGUUUCAGAUGACACUCUCAGAGAUUAACCAGCAAACUGAUGUGGAGAAGGAGAUUUCGCAGUUUGUGAAGGAGUUGGUUGUUGAUGAGGGUAUAGGGGAGUUCAUCUCCACCACUGAAAUGCCCAAGUAUGAUGCGGAUGGUGAUAACCAGUACUCAAAGAAUUCGUUGUUAGCGUCCGAAUCGAGCAGGUAUUGGGAUGCUAAGAUUCAUUCGCCUUCGCUGGCAAGCAACUACGAGCAAGACGAUGUCUCCUCGCUCAAGAUGACUUACUAUGCUUUCAAAGAGACGACAGGUCAGAAGAGUGGCAUCCCCGUCUCUCUGCUAGCGGCGCAUCUUGAGACAAAGGAACCUCAUUACCCUUCAUUCUUUGGAUCUCGGAGUAGCGUGAGCGUGACAGAAAACCCAUCAGCUAGGUCGUUCAGAACGUUGCAAAGGAGUCCCAGCAGGAGAACUUCCAUAGAGCUCAUCCACCCUGCUUUCUCUCCCCAGGUAAUGGAGGUUAUCAAUGCCCUGGAAGCACACAAGAAGAAAGCUGAAUUCGAUGGCAAUUACGUGGAGGCACGAGCUGCUACUCAGCGCCUUAACGGGGUUAAGGUCUUGGAAGAUAAUAAGAGGAAGAGAGUCAUGGUCCAAAGACACCAAAAGCAAAGAAAAGAAUCUGAAAAAGCAUAUAAACAAGAAAUGUUUGAAAGAAAUCGACUUUGGGAUGAGAAGCUACAAGAGUUUCUCAAAGCUGUUGUAGAACAUGCUGCCAAGCUGAAACGUCAACAAAUCAGUGUUUUACAAGCCUUUAGACAACGAAUGGCUGCAAAAAUGCCCACCAAACCUCAAUGGUCUCGGGAGGUUCUCAAACAUAAGAAAGUGCAAACCUUUCUUGGGAAACAAGGGAAUUAUUUGGAGGCAGAUAAAGUUAAACAUAUUGUGGAUAGGAUGGAGCACACAGAGCUACAAGCAACACGGGUUGCAUAUGCAACUGAGGUAGGGCUCAAAGAACAAGCGCUCCGAACCAAGCAACAAAAUGAGAUGAAGGUAUUGUUGAAACGGGCUGCUCAAGGGAGCGACGAACUUCGAAAGACGAGAGAUCUGGAACUUGAGAGAUGCUCUCAGAGACACAAGAACAUCGCAAGGGAGUUUCGAGCCUUGCAAAAACAAGAGCGCAUGAGAUUUGAACAAAUUUUGGGGAAGCGUGUGAAGGAAUUCAAGGAGAGUGGUGGAAGUCUUCAGUUACUUUCAGAGACGUUGAGUGGCAUGGAAGCGUGGAUGCUGCCUGCAAUUGAACCCCUGUGUCCUGCAGGAGACACAUCUACAUUCUCGUGUAGCAGUGAUUCACAUGGGUCAGAUUAAUCUUAUGCCUCAGAUUCUUCUGUUCGACUUUGACUCUUUUUGUUUUUUAAAAAAAUAGUUUUGGUUACUUUCCUUGGAUUUUGAUGCAUUUUUAUCUUCGCUGUUAAAGCGGUGAAGUGAACAGUUGAUCAGAUGGCGUUGUAGUUAAUGCUAGAUUAUUAAAAUAGAGUUUAUCUCGUGCAGCCCUGAUGGCAGAUUUUGUGCAUUUGAAAGGACUGAAUGUAUAUUUUUGGUGCUUUUUGAAAUAUGUCUGUUUCAUGUG